AUGGAUGCGCUCGUUAGCCUCCGGAGUGCGAUAGCCUCGAAGCAACCAAUUACGUUUCUGAAUGCAGAGAAAGAGCCAGAGGCAUCGUUGGCCAACGCUGUGUUUCUGCUACUUCCACAACCCUCCCAAGCGGGACCCAUUACGCUCGCGAAAUCAACUCCGACACGAUUACGGAAACCAAACCAUACUCAGACGGAUCCAAAUGCGCAUCCAGCCGACUUUUACGCCCUGGACGCGGUCUACCUGGCGUGGAGUUUACGAGAAGCGGCGACAGCGGAGUACAUGAAGAGUGUUCGAGAUUCGGGGAUCGGAAUCACGAACAUGGUCGCUAUCACGGAGAAACAGAGCGUCGUAGAUUGGUUGGAAAGAAGAAUGGACUCGCAUCCAAACAUUGUGCCUCUCCAAGGAUCCUCGUCCAGUGCCCAAGAGGCACCUCAGAAGAAACGAUAUGUUGUGGACACUCGCGACCUCGAGGCCGUCAAGCGUAUCAGAGCAAACGAGGUUGAGCUCAAGGACCGUAACGCCGUUCUAUGUGGAUCAAAAACAAGUGACUUUUCCGGCAUCCGCGCUCUCAUUCAAGCGAGGAUACAAAAACUCCGAGAAGCACAAGCCGCUAGUGCUGCUUCCAUGAGCUCAUCGACUGGACCUCCGAGUCGCUCAGGGUCAAAAUCUCCUUCACAGAAACACCGCCAAGCGCAUCCGAUUAUCAUGAUUUCUUCGUCACCGACAGCCCUUAUCACAAUGUGGAACGUCAAAAAGUUUCUCCAAGACUCUGAAUUUGUCGACUCUACCACGGCGAAAGCACGUGCAGCAGAGGAGAAUACCGUACGCGAAGAUGUCGUCGUCUUUUACCGAAAGCGAACGUUUAUCGAACCGGGAGGACGAGAGACGGAGACCCAGGUCAAAUAUUUCGUUGUUGAUGGGAUCGAAGCUCUCAACAAAUUUGGUGCCGAUCCUUGGGAAAGAGUCGUUUGUGUUCUGACAACAGGUCAGGCAUGGCAGUUUAGACCUUAUAAAUGGAGCGAGCCUCGUGAACUCUUCCACCGAGUCAAAGGAUUUUACAUCUCGUGGACCAACGACCCACCGAAUCCCAAAGUCAAAGAUUGGAACGUGACCGAGCUCAAGAUUGAUCCUAACAAGCGACAUCUAGACAAAUCCACUGUAGCUCAGUUUUGGAAAAUGCUCGACUCGUGGAUCGGCACCAGUCGGCCAAACCUACUCACAUAG